GUCGACGUCGUCAAGAAAAUGCGAAGCUAUUCGGCAGAAAUGGUUUAACUUAAUGCACACAGAGAUUUGGCUUUCAUCAUUGAAUCUUAUCUUUUCCAUAUUUGCUUUAUCGACCAAUCAGGCCAAGUCAGUUGUCCCACCAGUCAAGAUUAGUCGAGCAACAAGAGGAAAUUCUGAAAUACGACAACACGAGAAUGAGGAGCAAAAGAAGAGUAAACUUCGUCGUUUUUCAAACGCUCCGAUUCAAUUUCAUAUUCAACAUUGA